AUGUCGCUGAAGCAAGUUAAAACAAAUUUCAAUGCAAAUUUUGUUGAUAAUUUCGAUUUCUUUCUCUUCGAUGCAGAUGGAGUUCUGUGGUUAGGCGAUAAAGCAUUGCCUGGUGCUGUAGAUUUUCUUGAACUUCUCAUAAAAAAAGGCAAGAAUAUAUUCAUCAUGAGCAAUAAUUCUACCAAAACGAUUAAAGAAAAUAUUAAUAAAUUACAUAAAUUAGGCUUCCUUAUGGUUUUGGAGGAUCAUGUUAUUAGUCCGGCUAAAGUUCUUGCUCAUAUUUUAUCGAAAACUCCAUCUGAUCUCCCUGUUUACCUCAUUGGUAGUGAAGGUCUACAGAAGGAACUCUUGAAUAAGGGUAUUAAAAGUUUCGGCGUUGGACCUGAUAUGGUAGAGAAGUACACAGAUGACAAUUUUAUCUAUGAUAUUGAUACGAGUCAACCAGUUCGAGCGGUUGUUGUCAGUUAUGAUAUACAUAUAAACUAUGUGAAAAUAAUGAAAGCAGUGAAUUUUAUCCAUCAUCACAAAGUUGAUUUCAUUGCUACCAAUGAAGAUUCGACUCUUCCAGGACCAAUUAAAGCUGGGGUUAAUGUUAAAGCAGUGGAGAAAGCUUCAGGCAAACAACCGAUCGUUAUUGGUAAGCCAUAUAUUCCGAUGUUCCAAUAUAUUAGUGAAAAAUAUAGUGUCGAUGCGAAUCGGUCUGUUAUGUUUGGCGAUCGGUGUGAUACUGAUAUCAAAUUUGGUCGUAACGCAGGAACGAAAACUGUUUUAGUUGGAACGGGUGUGCAUAAUCUGGAAGAUGUUCGUGAAAUAUUGUCUCAAAAUCUUCUUGAUCAAGUUCCCGAUUACUUUUGUGCUUCCCUCGAUAGUCUUUCUAAAAGUCUGGUUUAA